GACUGACCUCUCUUUCUCCUCCAUUAACAGACAGUUCCUGUGGAGCUUCCGGCUGCCUGGCGAGGCCCAGAAGAUCGACCGCAUGAUGGAGGCUUUCGCCCAGAGAUACUGCCAGUGCAACCCUGGCGUCUUCCAGUCCACAGACACCUGUUACAUCCUGUCGUUUGCCAUCAUCAUGCUGAACACCAGCCUCCACAACCCCAACGUGAAGGACAAGCCGGCCGUGGAGCGUUUCAUCUCCAUGAACAGAGGAAUCAACGAUGGAGGAGACCUUCCAGAGGACCUGCUCAGGAACCUGUAUGACAGCAUCAAGAACGAGCCCUUCAAAAUCCCUGAGGACGACGGGAACGAUCUCACACACACCUUCUUUAACCCAGACCGGGAGGGCUGGCUGCUUAAACUGGGAAGUGGGAAGGGAAAGACCUGGAAGAGAAGAUGGUUCAUCUCUUUAAGGACAACUUACAACUGUCUGUAUUACUUUGAGUACACCACUGACAAAGAGCCCAGAGGGAUCAUUCCACUGGAGAACCUCAGCAUCCGAGAGGUUGAGGACAAGAAGCCUAACUGCUUUGAACUCUUCAUCCCAGAGAACAAGGACCAGGUGAUCAAGGCCUGUAAGACGGAGGCGGACGGCAGAGUGGUGGAGGGGAACCACACCUUCUACAGGAUCUCUGCUCCCACCACGGAGGAGAAGGAUGAGUGGAUGAACAGCAUCAAAGCUGCCAUCAGCAGGGAUCCCUUCUAUGAGAUGCUGGCCACCCGCAAGAAGAAGGUCUCCUCCAUGAAGAGACACUAGAGCUGCUCAGGACUCCUCCUCUUCCCCCCGUUGAGAGAGUUUGGACCCAUCCUGCUGAGACCCUGAGACUUGUGUUUUCAGGCCUGGGGAUGGGGUUGGGGCAGGAGCUGCAGACUGGGGGUUGGGGCAGGGGCUGCAGACUGGGUUUUGGGGCAGGGGCUGCAGACUGGGGGUUGGGGCCUCUUGCCUCGGUCAGCAUUUCUCUGGGAUAGGCUCUAGCUUUGGGAUUCCACAGACCGACUAACAGGACAGGGUGCAUGCUGUCCUGCCUCCCCCUCCUCCUCUUCCCCCUGCUCCUGUCUCUGUGGCUGAAUGCUCUCCGUCUCUCUCAACUCUUUGCUGUGUGUAUUUUGGGAGGAAGGGGUCUAUCGCUUUCUGGGUAAAAUGGAUCCCCUCCCUCAAAAAGACAUGUGCACACACACCCAUACUCUCACACACACUAAUGUCGUACACUGAAGUCACACACACACACACACACACACACACACACACACACACACACACACACACACACACACACACACA